UGCUGUCCUCUCGCGAUGUCACGCGGUAUUACAAUUCAUAGUCACGUGAAACCGUCAACACUAUUGUGUACAUCAUAUUUGGUUUUUCCUCAACGUAUAAAGCAGGAAAAAAAUUAAUAUUUGCACUCAAAUAAGUGACCUGUGUUCUCGUAAGAGGCAUGGAUGAGGACGGACUUCCGAUUGUGGGCUCUGGAGUUGAUCUGACGAAGGUUCCUGCCAUUCAACAGAGAAGAAUUGUUGCUUUUCUCAAUCAGUUCAUCGUCCACACGGUUCGCUUCCUCAACAACUUCUCUACAGUGUGUGAAGAGAAACUUGCCAACAUAUCCCUGCGCAUCCAGCAGAUCGAGACCACGCUGUGUAUCUUGGAAGCCAAGCUGUCCUCCAUCCCUGGACUGGAGGACGUCACGGUCGACGCAGUCGUACAUCCCCAGGGUGUUCAGAUCAAUGGAACUGCCGCUUCUGAUCAGGGUCCCACAGGCAGUCCACAAGCUGUGACGCUUCCUCCUCCUGAGCCGUCUCACAAUGCCUCAGACGAUGUGACGACGCCUAAAUCUGAGGAUGUGAAUAUCAUGACGGUGGCCAAGGAUCCACGCUAUGCCAGAUAUCUGAAGAUGGUGCAAGUGGGUGUUCCCGUCAUGGCCAUCCGGAAUAAAAUGAGCAUGGAAGGGUUGGAUCCGGACUUGCUGGACAAGCCCGAUGCCCCCGUGCCAGACUCGGGAGGCAAAACCGGAGAGGACCUCGAUACGAAUGCUUCGGAUAGCGAGUCGUCCUUCAGCGACUGAUGUUGAGACAAGUCAUUGGGGUGAAGUGGCCUGCCUGGGAGGUAGCUAGCAGCUGCAAAGGAGGAGAAUCAGCCAAAUGCACACGCUCCGGAUAAAGCAUUUUGUGGUUAUUCCACUAAACAAUAUGUUGGGGAACUCAAAAUUCCAUCCAUUGAGGACGUUGUAGUUCUCUGGGUUCGAAUGUACAACUUUGACAGAUAUUUUCACCCUAAAUUGGGUGACAUGUUCACAAACAUGACAAUUUUUUUUGUAAUAACGUAAAUUGUCCAUCGAUGUGAA